AAAAUUAUAUUUUGAUAUUCAAUAUUGUCUUGUUUAAAAUCUUCAAGUUUUUCUAUAUACUUAGAAAAAUAUUUGAAAGAUUAUAUUCUCGUGUCUGUGUCUAAGAACGUGUUAAAAAUAAAUGUAUUGAAGAUGAAUAUUUGAAGAAAAAUGAAAAUCUGGAAAUUCUAUCCUUUGCAUUCUCUAUAUAAGGGUCCAUCAAUGUAUUCACAAAUCCAACCAUUACCUCAUAAGUCAAAUUCUACUUUUUAUCUUGCGUGAGAACAAAAAGAAUGGAAGCUAUUUCCUUUAAUCCAAGGAUCAAUGUUCAGGUAAACCAGAAGAGCCAUGGUGUUCUAGUUGAAGAGAUUGAAGGGCUCAUCCGAGUUCACAAAAACGGAUACGUCGAGAGACCCCCAAUCAUCCCUAUUGUCCCCUGCACAGCCACCGGUGGUGUUACAGCUAAGGACAUCGUCAUCGAUAAAUUCACCGGCUUAUGGACUCGUAUCUAUGUCCCAAACUACUCUAACAAGAUGCCUUUGCUUAUUUACUUCCAUGGUGGCGGAUUCUGUGUUGGAUCAGCUGCUUGGAGCUGCUACCAUGAGUUCUUAUCCGGUCUUGCUUCAAAAGCAGGGUGCAUUAUCUUCUCUGUAAACUACCGGUUAGCUCCUGAAAACAGGCUUCCAGCAGCUUACGACGACGGUAUCGAAACCCUUAUGUGGGUUAAGCAACAAGCUCUAAGUGGAUCUAAUGAACACAAAUGGUGGUUAAGUCAAUGUGAUUUGUCUAGUUUGUUCCUAGCAGGUGAUAGUGCUGGUGCUAAUAUAGCUUACAUUGUGACCACCAGAUUAGGCUCCCCCGGCGGCACAUCACCCAGCUCCGGAAUGAAGCCAUUGGUUGUCAAGGGCUCGAUCUUGAUUCAACCCUUUUUCGGAGGUGAGUCAAGGACCGCAACCGAACUGCACGCCACUCCACAAGUUAACUCGGCACUCACUUUACCCGCAUCAGAUGCAUAUUGGAGACUAUCAUUGCCUUUCGGUUCGAACCGUGACCAUCCCUGGUGCAACCCUUUAGCCAAUAGUACACCCAAGUUAAGGGAACUGAGACUUGCACCCACGAUGGUGUGUACAUCGGAGAUGGAUAUAUUGAAAGAUAGGAACAUGGGGUUCUGCAAUGCAUUGAGCAGUGCCGGUAAAAGGGUUGAAACAAAGAUUUACAAAGGAGUUGGGCAUGCAUUUCAAAUUCUUCAUAGUUCUCCAUCUUCCCACAUUCGAACUCAAGAAAUGAUUUCAGAUAUUAAGACGUUCAUCAACCAGUAACUGAUUAUUAUGAUAUAUGUAUAUGUAUCAUGUAAAUUUUAGAUGUCAAAGCCUAUUUAAUUGGAACAUAUUUUAAUUGAUAAAUUGAAUUAAUUCAUAUAGUUUUAAA